GCGUACGACGGGCCUAGAGAGGAAACAGCCUGCGACGAGAGAAGGACCGCUCGCGCUCAGCUGGUUCUCAUAAGCAUUAUGCGCGUGUCGCCGCCGUCUCUCAGGUGUGUGUUUCCCGCUCGUUGAAUGGCGCUGGUCACCGUGCAGCGGUCCCCGACCCCCAGCACCAGCUCCAGUCCCUGCGUGUCGGAAUCUGGUAGUGGGGAAGAAGACCGUCGUUCUCAGCCAAGGAGCAUCAGUGAGAGUUUCCUGACGGUAAAAGGCGCCGCUGUGUUCCUGCCCAGAGGGAACGGCUCCACUCCCUCCUCCGCCUCACGCUUCUCCCAGCUGCGCAGCAAACAUGCAGGGGACCUGCAGCAGCAUCUGCAGACGAUGUUCACCGUCCUCAGACCGGAGGACAACAUCAAACUGGCGGUGCGUCUGGAGAGCAGCCACCCCCAGGUCACCCGCUACAUGGUGGUGGUGUCCACCAACGGGCGGCAGGACACGGAGGAGAGCCUGGUCCUGGGGAUGGACUUCUGCCCCCCAGAGAGCUUAACUUGUUCUGUGGGACUGGUCUUACCACUAUGGAGCGACACCCGCAUACAUCUGGAUGGAGACGGGGGCUUCAGUGUCUCCACCGAAACCAGAGUGCACGUCUUCAAGCCCGUGUCCGUGCAGGCCAUGUGGUCGGCGCUGCAGUCGCUCCACAAGGCGUGCGAGGUGGCCCGUUGCCAUAACUACUUCCCCGGUAGUCUUUUCCUGACGUGGGUCAGCUACUACCAGAGCCAGGUGUCCUCGGACCAGUUUCGGAUCAACGAGUGGAACGCCAUGCAGGACGUCCAGUCGCACCGCGCCGACUCGCCCAACCUCUUUUCCGACGUACCCACAGAAAGGGAGAGGACAGAGCGGCUCAUUAAAAACAGUUUGAAGGAGAUCAUGAUGCAGAAGGAUCUGGAGAAUGUCACCAGCAAAGAGAUCCGAACAGAGCUGGAGAUGUCCAUGACGUGUAACCUGCGGGAGUUCAAGGAGUACAUAGAUAACGAGAUGAUUGUGAUCCUGGGUCAGAUGGACAGCCCCACAGAGAUCUUCGAACACGUCUACCUGGGAUCAGAGUGGAACGCAUCCAAUCUGGAAGAGCUGCAGAACAGUGGGGUUCAGUACAUCCUGAACGUCACCAGGGAGAUCGACAACUUCUUCCCUGGCCUCUUUGAGUACCACAACAUCCGCGUGUACGACGAGGAAGCCACGGACCUGCUGGCCUACUGGAACGAGACCUACAAGUUCAUCUCCAGGGCCAAGAAGGCCGGGGCCAAGUGCCUGGUGCACUGCAAGAUGGGGGUGAGUCGCUCGGCGUCGACCGUGAUCGCCUACGCCAUGAAGGAGUACGGCUGGGACCUGGAGCGCGCCUUCCGCUACGUCAAGGAGCUCCGCGCCGUCACCAAGCCCAACCCCUCCUUCAUGAAGCAGCUGGAGGAGUACCAGGGCAUCCUGCUGGCCAGUAAGCAGAGGCACAACAAGCUGUGGCGCUCGCACUCCGACAGCGACCUCUCCGAGCACCACGAGCCCCUGUCCAAGCCCUCCGCCCACAGCCUGGGCCCCUCUGACCCCCACAACCAGGCCAGUAGCACGGCCCCCACCCUGGAGGAGCUGCUGCAGCCGCCGGGGCCCUCGGCCCUCGGCGCCGCGGGGCCGUCCCAGUCCACCAGCCUGCCCGACACCGGGACCCUGGACGCCUGCCGCACCGCCCGGCCGCCGGCACUGAGGCCCCGGGGGGCCCCGCUCCCGCCGUGCGGCACCCCUCCCGCCCCCUCGGCCGGGCCCGCCUCCCCGCCGCUCCCCCACGCCGACGGCCCCCUCGCCCCGGAGGAGGACCCCGCCGGGCCCCCAGCGGAGGACCCCACCGGGCCCCCAGCGGAGGACCCCGCCGGGCCCCUGGCCCUCCUGCCCCCCGAGCUCUCCGCGGCCGCUGUCCACGAGAGGCCCCCUGCGCCCCCCUCCGUCCAACGCCUCCCCCCUGCAGCGGCCCUCAGCGCCGAGGCACCCGAGCGGCCCCUGGAGGCGCCGCCUCUGGCCCCCGGCCGGCGCGGGGCGGAGGUCCCCGACGAGGCCUCACCGGGACGCGCCCGGCGCCUCUCCGGGUUGCCGUCGGAGAACGGGACGCCCGCCCCUGCUGACGCGACCACGGACCACAUCAACUUCUUCAGCGCCAGGGAGAAGUUCCAGGGUCUGUCCCAGGACGGGAAGCCUCUGGGCCAGUCUAAGGGCCCCCUGAAAGAAGGCCAGGGGCCCCCCCUGGAGGAGGGGCCGGGCGACGGGCAGAGGGAGGAGGGCAGAAAGGACGACACGCUCCGGUUGCAGACCAUAGAACUGAAGCCUCCUCCGCCUGUCAGCCAAUCAGAGCGUCCCGGCCAGCAGGACGAGGGCAGCGAGCGGGAGGCGGGGGAGAAAGCGCCGUCGGCGUCGGCGAAGGAGCAGGAGAGCGCCAGUGACGCUCCCGCCCCCUCCAAAGAGGAGGAGGGGGAGGAGCCGGACGGUGCUCCUCUGCGCAGGGAUUGGACGAGAGGCUCGGUGAAGCGCGUCACUCAGCAGCUGGAGCAGCGCAUGAAGCGGGAGCAGGACCCCCCCUCCGCCGCGCCCCCUCCGCCGCCCGGCUCCUCCUGCACUCGCCGGCGAUCGCAGCUCCCUCCCCCGUCCCCGCCUGAAGACCCCCCCAACGGAGGUCCGGACCGCCCCUCCAGCCCUCUGGACCCGGUCGCCGGCGGUUUCCAGGAGGCGGGUGUCGAGGUCCAGCGGGAGGUGGACCGGACAGAGAGACCCCCCCUCUCUACCUCUUCGCCCCCGUCACCCCGUCACCACCACCACCACCACCAGCCCUCUCUGCUCUACUCCUCGGCCCCCCCCCUCUCCUCGGUGGACUUCCUGUGCCUGGAAGGCGUGACGGAGCAGGACUCGUCGGACUGGGACCGGCCCGCCGACGGGAUGGUGAUGAGGGGGACGUGGGCCACGCUGCGGGAGCUGGGGGCCUUCCUGCAGCAGGUGAGCGCCAACAAGUGGGGGCGCGGCGUCGAGCAGAGGGUCCGCGAGGUGGAGGCCAAGAUCCGGCAGGCGGGGCUCACCCCCCCCUCGCUGAUGAAGCGCUCGGCCUCGCUGGCCAAGCUGGGCUGCCUGGAGCUGCUGGCCAACGAGCUGAGCGAGUGGGACCCGAGGGCCGCCUCCGCGGCAGCAGCCGCCGCCCCCAGCGUGGCGGACCCCCCCCCGCUGCACGGGGGCAGCGACGAGUCCAAGAAGAAGCAGCGGGUCCAAGGCUACACCUCCUCGGGACCGCUGCCCCCCGCCCCCGCCCCGCUGCGGCCUCUCGGGCUGAUCGCCAUGGCGACCAGGCAGCAGUAUGGAAGAACCCAGCCCUUGAGGAGGCUGAAGAGACGGAGCGUGAGCAACCUGUACCACACCAUGUGACACACCAUGUGACCCCCACUACCACACCACCUGACCCCCUGUACCACACCACCUGACCCCCGGUACCACACCACCUGACCCUCUGUAACACAACAUGUGACCCUCUGUACCACACCAUGUGGCCCUCUGUACCACACCAUGUGACACAACAUGUGACCCUCUGUACCACACCAUGUGACACAACAUGUGACCCUCUGUAACACAACAUGUGACCCUCUGUACCACACCAUGUGACCCUCUGUACCACACCAUGUGACACAACAUGUGACCCUCUGUACCACACCAUGUGACCCUCUGUACCACACCAUGUGACACAACAUGGGACCCCCUGGACCACACCAUGUGACCCCUAGUGGGGGUUCAGCGGUGUGGAAGGGGAUGGGAACAAGCGUUGUCGUCUGCCUGCUCUAGCAAAACAAACCUAGCCUCUUGCCUUAAGUAAAACAUUCUUGCUGACAUUUAUGGUUCGAUCCGCAACACUGUCUAGAUCCUGUGACCUUUGCCCUUUUGAGCGUAAGCAGCGGUCCCAUGUAAAAAGGGGACUUUUUAAAUGUGUGUGCACAACAAGAGGGAAAUACACAAUUUACAUUUGUCAUUUGAACUACACAAAACCUGACAUACCUUCUCUGUUACUAAGAAAACGCGUCCGAACCCAGUCUCCUCCGCUUGUUGGUAGACUACCCAGUCACAAGAGACCGAGCACGACCGUAGGAGUGUUGUGAGCCUGUCCGAGCCUUCAGCCAGCCCCUAGGGACAACAAAGGAAGCACAAUGUUGGUCAUUUGUGUGCCAUGACAACUUUCUUUUUAUCAGCAACUCUAACCUUGUGAUGUUUAGAACUGAAGGAACGCGAUGCCCUCAGCCCGGCGAGGCUGAGAACGAGGGCUGAAUAGAUACAGCCACACCCAGAACGAAUGAAUGAACGAGGAGGGAAUGAAUACAGCCACGCCUAGCCAGCCAUGUGGCCCUGAGCCCUACUCUGAAAGGAGAGAAUGGUAAAAACAAAAAAAAAAUAGUAAAAGGAAAGAAAGGGGCAGGUUGGUAUCAGCCGUUUUGUUUGUGACAACGACACAAUACCUCAGUUGGUCUGAGGCCAAUCUGCUGAGUAGCUUCAUGGGCCGCUGGGACACCUGGAGGCCGGGAGCCAUUCCACAUCAUCCUCCCUCGUGAUGGGACACCUGGAGGCGGGAGCUGUUCCACAUCAUUCUUCCUCGUGAUGCUCAUCGACUGGGCCUUCUCAAGGCAGUGAUGGCUCUGAUUGAAUUCAAACUGUAGAUGUAUCCCAUCUUUUAAAAGACAUCUGGCCUCAUCAGGGCUGGUGCUGAGAGGAGUUUAGUGCAGUCCUGGUCACUUCUUGUCUUUUUCCCCGGGGGGUCGGUUGUAAUAUGUCUUUCAUUGCUGUUGAUGGGGUCUUUUAUUCCCAGUCAGGACCUUUGGUUUGGGUGGGAGGUCUUCUUUUAGCACAGCCCUGCGUGGGCGGGACUAGCAGGGCUGCAUCUCAAACAGACGUCUGUGGGCCUCUGAGCAGUGCAGCGUCUCCCUGUACUGUGGACAUGAACCCAACAUGUCUUUACCCGUCUGUUGAACAUGCACUUUACUACGUUUGUACGGUUUUAGAUGGUUUUUCAUUUUUUUUAAAUGUAUGUUGCUACUAUUGUGGAGGAAGCUCAGUGCGGUUUGUGUGUGUGUAUGUGUGUGGGGAGACAAAGUUAAUGAGUGUGUGCGCAUUCAUGUAAAAAAGGUUGUGUGUUGCCCCUUUAAAUUAUCAAUGUAAAUAACCUUUUAUAUAAUGUGCUUCAACUGUGACCAUUAAAGAAUGGAUGACAUCAAACUAUU